AUGGAUAAGUCAUGGAUGCACUCGGAUAGAAGAUCGAAGGCAUAUGAGUUAGGGGUGGAAGCAUUUUUGAACUUUUCUGUAGAAAAUCUUCUAACUACCACACAUAUCCGUUGUCCAUGUGUUAAAUGUGUUAAUUUGAAAUUGUUUGGGGUUGGAAUUAUAAGGGAUCACUUAUACUUUAAUGGAGUUGACCAAAGCUAUAAGAAUUGGACAUUUCACGGAGAACCUUGGGAAGCAGCUACUAAUGCUAGUAGAAAUGUUGAAGAAGAUGAUGACCAUAGUAGGUACAGUUUUGUGUCUGAAGAAAUAGAGAUGGAUGAUAAUGAUUUUGGUGAUUUUGGAUCUGAUCCUUAUGAGUUUGCCAAUGUGAUUGGGGAUGGAGAUCAACCAUUGUACCCUGGUUGUAGAAAGUACACGAAGUUAUCGGCAUUAGUGAAGUUGUAUAAUUUGAAGGCAAAAUAUGGGAUGAGUGAUGUCUGUUUUACAGAAUUAUUGAUACUUCAAGGCGAUUUGCUUCCAGAAGGAAAUACAAUACCGGCCUCUAUGUAUGAGGCAAAAAAGACUUUGUGUGCAUUGGGGCUGAGUUAUGAGAAAAUGCACGCAUGCCCCAAUGAUUGCAUCUUGUAUAGGAAGGAGUAUGAGGAUUUAACUCAUUGUCCUAAUUGUGGUAUCUCAAGGUGGAAGGAAGGCAAAGAUUCAAUCUUGAAAGAGGGUGUGCCAGCGAAGGUGGUGUGGUAUUUUCCUCCAAUUCCAAGGUUUAAAAGGAUGUUUCGAUCACAUGAGACCGCUAAGAGUUUGACUUGGCAUGCUGCUAGAAAAUCAAUUGACGGUUAUAUGUCUCAUCCAGCGGAUUCCCCGUCUUGGAAACUUCUUGAUGAUAAAUGGCCCGAGUUUGGUAAUGAGCCGAGAAACUUGAGAUUGGCUCUUUCAUCUGAUGGAUUCAAUCCCCACAGUUCUCUAAGUAGCAGAUAUAGUUGCUGGCCAGUUAUCUUAGUUACAUAUAAUCUCCCUCCAUGGCUGUGCAUGAAACGAAAGUUCAUGAUGUUGACCUUAUUGAUUUCCGGUCCUAAACAGCCCGGAAAUGAUAUAGACGUCUACUUGGAGCCUUUGAUUGAUGAUUUAAAAUCUUUGUGGGAUGGGAUUGGAGGAGUGUAUGAUGCACAUAAUGGAGAAUACUUUACACUCAGAGCUGCAUUAAUGUGGACAAUUAAUGAUUUCCCCGCCUAUGGAAACUUAUCUGGUUGUGUUGUUAAAGGAUAUAAAGCUUGUCCAAUAUGCGGCGAUGAUACACCUAGUCACAGGUUGAAAAAUGGCCACAAAAUUUGUUACAUUGGGCAUAGAAAAUGGUUACCGAUCAAUCAUCCAUAUAGGAGGCAACGUGCAGCUUUUAAUGGGAAACCUGAAUAUGGCACGCCUCCUGAGCCAUUAACCGGAGAAGAAGUGCUGCAUAUGGUUGAAGAUGGUGACAGAGUUUGUUGGAAGAAGAAAUCAAUAUUCUUUGAUCUCGAGUAUUGGAAAUACCUUCCUGUGAGGCAUGUCCUAGAUGUUAUGCACAUUGAGAAAAUGUUUGCGAUAGUAUCAUUGUAUGGAGAAAGACGUACUCGUUUGCCUCCCGGGCCUUGGAAUUUGUCAAGAGCAGAGAAGAGAGAGGUUUGCAAUUCUUUCUAUGGUAUGAAGGUCCCUGAAGGUUAUUCUUCAAAUAUAAAAAAUCUUGUAUCUUUACAAGAUUCAAGACUUCUUGGCCUUAAAUCACAUGAUUGUCAUACCUUAAUUCAACAAUUGCUCCCUGUGGCAAUUCGUUCUGUUUUGGAGAAGCCUGCAAGAUAUAUGAAAGUGCUAAAGGGGUAUGUUCAGAAUCGUACUCGUCCCGAAGGUUGCAUUGCUGAGCGUUGGAGUGCCUUCCAAGCCAAAAGAUGGGAGUUUCAAAGCCAUUAUCAGGCAACAUAUGAUCCACAUCCGACCGCUUAUCCAAAAUUUAGAAAGAGAACAAAGUGGCUGCAGGAUAAGCACAAUAGCACUUUCAUUCAAUGGCUACGCUUCAAGGUUCAAAGUGAACUUAAUGAGGACAAUCAUGGCGUAUCAGAAAAUUUAAGGUGGCUAGCAGCUGGUCCAAACAUGGCAGUGCCAUUAUAUAGGAGCUAUCUCAUUAAAGGUAUUAAAUUCAACAUCAAGGCACAAGAUGAUGUGCGGACAACUCAAAAUAGUGGAGUUUAUUUACUUGCACAUACUAUGCAAGUUGCUAGUGCCAAGGAUAAAAACCCAAUUCUCUCAAAUAUGGGUUUCUAUGGUGUCAUUCAAGAAAUUUGGGACCUUGACUACCAAAAGUUUACAAUCCCAGUCUUUAGGUGUGAUUGGAUUGAUAAUACUUCUGGUCUUGUAGUGGACGAACUUGGAUUUACCCUUGUAGAUUUGAGUAAAAUUGGACAUAGGAAUGACCAAUUUGUUUUGGCUUCUCAAGUCAAACAAGUAUUUUUUGUUGACGACCCGAUGCAUCGUGGUUGGUCGGUAGUGUUAUCAAUGCCUAAUAGAGAAUAUAAUGAUGUUAUUGGUGAUGAUGUCUUAGGUGAUGUGAGAAUUGAGUGUGAGCCAUUUACUAGGGGGAUGCCAAAUGUUGACACAUUUGAUGAAGUGGUGGUUGAGUUAGGGAGUCAAAAUAUUCGAGAUGGGUGUGAAGAUAUAUGGGUUGAAUGA